CUAGCAACAAAUGUCGCGGAGCCACCGGAAUAUUUGGCAUGUUGGUAGUUAGCAGUUUCAUAUUACAAGUACAUUUUUAUUUUAAUACUUAGUUAAAUUAACGAUGGCAGAGGCCUGUUAUUACUGGAUGUUCAAAAGUACAGUUAUUUCCUGUAAAGAAGAACAAACCAGGCAAAUGAAUUGACAACAGUGCUGCAAUGAGAUAAUAGCCAUAAGCCAGAGCGCGACAUAUACAUAUACGGCAUCAAUUGUUUUCAUAGACGCUAGUCUCUCCGUGAUGAUAAGGAGUCGCAUUCAUAACCAUGAUAGCGAACAAGUGCUAUGAGAACACCGUAUAUGAUAUUUGGCAAGAAAUGACCAGUGAGGAUAAAAGAUAUGCAGCGGAAUAUUUGAAUGAAACUGACGAAAACAAAGAGAACGCCGUGGCGGAGAUUAAACGCUGGAUAGAAGAAAACGACAAUUUGCCGACACAAAUUAAUGAUUUUCUUAUUCUACGUUUUUUGAGAGUUGGCAAAUUUGAUCUCGAGAAAACUAAGAGUAGAAUUGAAAACUAUUAUAAGCAGCGAUCCAAGUUACCGGAAUGGUACAAAAAUAAGAAUCCAUUUCAACCAGAACUACAGGAGCUUCUUGAUUUGGGAAUAAUGUUGCCUUUGCGAAAACCAGACAGUCAAGGAAGACUGGUUCUUAUUUUCCGCGCAACUCUGCAUAACCCAAGCAUACAUAAAAUGCCAUUUAUAGCUAAAAUCAAUAUUUUGGCGAUGGAAGCGGCGAUACAACAUUAUCCCUUAUCAUCUGUGUAUGGUUGCUCAAUGUUAAUAGACACAUCUAAUCCAACUAUCCGUCACAUUAUUCAAUUCAAACCCUAUGAUAUAAUGAAUGCGGUCGAACUGUGGCAGAACUGCUAUCCUGUGAGAUACCAGAGAAUUGUUUUCUUUAACACGCCGGUAAUCUGCAGUGUUCUUAUGAGAAUUUUCAAAUCUUUUAUGUCCAACAAACUAAAGAGUAGAUUUCAUGUCUAUUCGGACGCGGGCAACUGUUUUGAAGAUAUUCCAACUAAUAUCUUGCCUAUUGAAUAUGGUGGUACUGAUGGUACACUUCAGGAAUUAACAGAAUAUUGGAAAAAAUGUAUUGAAGAUAAUUGCAAUCUGUUAACCAAGGAUGAAAGUGACUAGAGAAUCCAGACAACUGAAUCUGCAGAAGCAGAUUUUUACCAGACUUAUCUAUAAAUUUUGAUAGUACAAUUUUUGUAUAUAGCAAUUUUAUUAAUUAUAUAGAAAUAUUAUUUUUUGAUAAAAACGUUUUUUAAAGAUUUUCGUAAAUUGUUGGUACUAUUUAGUUACUGUUAAUAAAUAAAAUUCGAAAUAAAGUUUGUUACUCGCUUCUAAGUUUAUUAAAAAUAAAAUAGUUAAUAUACAAUA